AUGCUCGCUUUUGCCGCUCUUCUGCUGCUCCUCCCACUUGGGCCCCUCCUCCAGCUGCAAUUUACAUUGGCCGCAAAAUCCGUACCGAGGGCCCUCAACAUCACCACUAUUGCUGCCAACCCCCAAAAGGAGUCGAUUCUCGAAUGCUGGCGUUUGACUGCGCCAUUGCUUGAAUCUUCAGUACCUGGUACCUCAGGCGCCGUAUUUGCACAACUGGGACAGGGGAAUGCGACGAGCUAUGGCCUGAUUCCACCACGUUUCGAUGGGGGGCUGCAUAAUGCGCCUGCGAUACAAUGGGUCGUAUUUACCGCCGGCGAGGCUGUGAUCUCUUUUCCCAAUUCAUCAGCACAAGCUACCAUACACGGUGGAAGGAAUGGUCUGAUACUCGCAGCUGACAUUGCUAGCGUCAGUACCUACGGUCACAUCACCAUGUAUCCAAGCAAUCAGGAAACAGUUGCCAUCCAAAUACCAUUGGAAAACAACAUCGUGCCCGAUCAUACAGUGUUGUAUGAAGGUCCUUGUAGGAAGAGAGAGCAGGACAAUUACAAGCAAUGA